GUCAGGGUUCCUCUCUUGGGGCUGUGGGGUAACAGGCUUGCUGGGCUAACAGGGUCUCCAUCCGCUUCUAUGGCAGGAUGUGCAUGCCUGCAGGCUGUGUGAAACCCAGGUUCUCCUGUGGGACUGGGACACCCCACACGGCCAGGACAGGUCCCUCUCCCCAGCCCCAAGGGGCACUGGGGGUCCUGACUGUCACCAGCCCCCUAUGGGGGCUGCAUGGGGUGGGUCAGGAAGCUGCCAUAUCCUACCAGGAGCUGCUCAUGUCAGCUCUGGGUUUCCCUGCUCCCUGCACUGUGCUGUAGGGACAGCCACGGGCUGGGGGGGUGAGGCAGCCCCUGGAUCUGGGCAUGUAGACAGAAGAAGUCAGAGGCCCAAUGUGUCUGAGUCUGGCCCACUGGGGUGACACGUGCUCAGUGCCUUCCAAGGGGGACCCAGCUCCAAUCCAUGCUAUGGGAACCUACACGGUGCUCUGAUGAAGCCCCCAGCACACUGUGCUCUGGGUGGCUACCAGCAAUCCCCACACCCUGGCCAGGGGUCAGGUACCCACCGUGAACAGCACUGGCAUUCGUCAUCCUCCCGCAGCGCCUUGGUCACAUUGGGUGCUCUGUGGUCAUCCUGUACAUGGAGGAACAGGGCGGGAGAAGUUUCACCAGCUGCCCCAGCCAUCCUCAAGCUGCUCUACCAGAGGGGCUGUGUCCUGCACCUGGGGUCACUGGGGUGUUGGUGGGGCUUGUCUUGGAGCGCUGGCUCACCCUGCCAGGGCAAGCCAGCAGUUCCUGCCCCACCGGCAACACACACCGUAAUUAGUGCAGGCAGGGCGGAAGCAUCAGUGGUAAUUAGCAGUGACUCGUUGGUGCUGGAGCGCCUUGUGCCCGGGGUGCGGCAGAACUUUCCGGCAGGGCUGGUCUGCGGGACUGGUUGGCAUCCCCUAGCCGUGCGGGGCUUGGCUGGGUCCCAGAGCGAGGCUGGGGCUGGGUGUGGGGGCGAGCACCGUCAUCACCUUUGGUCUGUGUGGCAGCACGUCCCAGCCCAGUCACCCCCAUGUAAAAGGCAGGGUGAGGAGCCAGCACCCAGGCACUGCUGGCACAGACGGUGAGAGCGCGAGGAGCAGGCAGGGGGCAGGGGAUGAAAGGGGGUGCCUGGAGGGGCUUUUGCUGGCCUAGGUUUCCCACAGCUUCUUUGUAGCAUCCACACCCCCACAGAGGACAGGGCUUGGCUUGUGCCCUCGCAGGGGUGGGCACUGGCAGCACCAUGAACCGGAUCACGGUGUACGAGCGUGCCAACUUUGAGGGGCUGAGCCGGGAAUUCACGUGCGAUGUGCCUGACCUGCAUGAGCUGGAUUUUGGGGACUGCAUUGCCUCCCUGACGGUGGUGGGGCAGCCCUGGAUCGCAUACACAGAUCCCAAGUAUGAGGGGGAGCCACACGCCUUCGAGGAGGGUGAGUACCCCUCCGUGCGGCGGCCCAACAGCUUCUCGUCACUGCGCCUGGUGCACCACGACCUGGGGGACCCCCAGAUCACCCUCUACGAGCACCCCAACUUCCAAGGUGCCUGCAAGGUAGUGACAGAGGAGACCAACUUGGCGUAUGGGUACUUUAAUGACCGGGUGGCCUCUCAUGUGGUACAGCGAGGAGUCUGGCUGCUCUACCAGCACCCUGGCCGGGGUGGCUGGCACUGCUUGGCAUGGCCCGGAGAGCGUCUUGCCGACUACAAACCUGAGCUGAACUUCCAGUCUCGGCUGUCCCACCUGCGCCCACUGCGGCCCGGGAGGCCCCUGGUCUCAGCACGUCUCCUCUGGGAGCAGAAGAAGGUGGAGGAGGAGCGGGAGGUGCUGGUGGAUGAGGUCGAGGGGGUGAAUGAGACGGAGUCGGAGCAGGUGCUGGCGGCCAGCAGCAGCCGGGAGUACAGCACCACGCUCUGGCAGAGCUUCCACUUCAGCAACUCCACCAGCCUCAAAGCUGGACUCUCCUUCACCUUGACUGUGGAAGCUUCUAAUGUCUUCACGGUGCAGAAAGGACGCAGCGAGUCCAGCACCCGACGGGAACGUGUGGAGGUGCAGCUGCCGGCUAAGAUUCCCCCACGCACAGCACUCAGCAUCCAGGUCUUGAGGAAGGAGGUGAAGCUCUCUGUCCCAGUCCUGCUCACCAUCACCCAGAACGAAGCUGUUCGUACGGAGAUGGGCGAGUAUCGCAGCAUCUCGGGUACCAAUAUCAGUGCCCGCUAUAGCUUAAAGCCUCUACCAGCUGCAGGCAGGGAGCAGGCAGCCACUGGGGGGAAAGAGUCGGUGCCAGGCACCGGGACGGUAUAGGACUGUCCUGGUGCCUGGCACCGAUUCUGUCCCCUCAGUGGUGUGGGACCUCUGGGGACAUUAACACUGCCUGCCCAGUCAGAUGGCAAGACUUGAUGGUGUCUCCUCCUGCUUGUUAUUUAUUGCAAAUAAACCCCCUUCUCCAAC